AAAACAACGUCCAAAAUAAGACGACAUAACAAUAAUUAUAAAAUAUGUUUUAUUUUUUAUAUAAUCACAGUUUUAUAUCACAGUUUUAUAUAAUCACAGGUGAAGACAAACAUUUAUUUUUAAUCUGUUCCAGAGUGAUGUCAUUUAAUGCAUGGAAUGUCAUGCUGUUACUGUACGCAACAUUCUCUGCAUUAGACCUUCCAUAAAGUGGAUAACAUCGGAGGAAAUAGAAAUGAAGGAGAAGGUUGAAUACAUGCUGAAAGAAAUUGGAAAUGAUAACGAAUUUGAAAUAGAAGAGGAGCAAGCACUAGAUUUUUAUGAUCCAAAUGAGAUUCCACAUGCAGAAACAGUUGAUUUGUUUCAUCAUGUUGAAGAUGAGAAUUAUCUUCCAGAAGAAGUUAUUUGUACUUCUGUUGAAGCAGCAAUAUCAAAUGACUACAAAAGGCAAGCUAUGGAAUACUGGAGAAGCGGUAAAACAAGAUCAAAAUCAUUGAAGUCGGUAAAACACAAUUAUAAACAAGUAACAUCGCUACGACAGUUACGACGAUGGGAGAAGUAUAUCCAUGCAAGUGGUACAAGAAGAGAAAAAUUGCAAAAAAAUGUUGAAUAUACAUUAAACACUUUCAAUGAAGCGCUCCAAAGAGGAAUGAUAAUUCAUGAUAUUGCCAUAAGUAAAACACAUUUAUUUUCUGUGUAUACAAAUCCUCUAUCGAUUUUUCUUAAUAUUAUAUUAAUUAUAUGAUUUUAAAAUAUUAUAAUAACAUUAUAAAUUGUAAACAUUAUACAUUAAAUAUAUGUACCAACUCACGAAACGAAAUGCACGUUUCGAAAUGUUACGGACAUUUAUAUAGAAUCCAAAUUGUACGC